AUGGUCGAUAUCACUUAUCUAAAUCGUUAUUCUGUUGCAGAUAUGAUCACUUGUUUCGAACAUCUUUCUAAUGAGCUAUUGCUUGAUAUAUUCAAUUAUAUAGAUCCUCGACAUUUAUAUUAUACUUUUUGGAAUAUUAAUUCACGUUUAAAUGAUCUUAUUCUCUCAGUUAACAAUCUUCAACUUAUCAUUGACGAAGAAGAAAACAAUGAAUUAAUCACUAAACUAGCUCCUCAUAUUGGUCUUUUACAAGUUAACACAUGGGAUGAUAUUGAUUUACAGGGAUUUUAUAAUUUAUAUUCAUUAAAAUUAGCUCGACCGUCGUCAAUGCAAUUAAAACAAAUUCGAGCUGAUACCAUACCAAAUUUGAUCUAUCUUUCGCUAUAUUCAAAUGUGAAUUUCUUUCCACCUAAACAACUUAUUAAUGAUGUAUUUUCAAAUAGAUUUUCUUAUAUUCGUUGGGCUCGAUUAGGUUAUGUUGAUGCUUUCGAUCCUUUUCAUUUUUUUCAAUCAUUGUCUCUUCAUUAUCUUCAUAUUGGUUGUUACCAUACAACUAUGAUUCCAUUUGUUCUAGCAUCAUGUCCAAAUCUUAAGCGACUUCAUGUCGAUUUUUUUCGGCAUGAUGAAAAAAUCAUGGAUUCACCAACAAUGAUUUAUACGCAUCCUCUUCAACAAUUAAUUCUACGAGAUUAUUGUGGUUUAGUGUCGAUUGAAGAUAUUAAAACUUUAAUUACUUGUAUUCCAAAUACAAGCAAGAUAGAAUUGAAAUUUCAUUGUAAUGUUUCAUUUAUUUCUCUAGUUCAAUAUCUUUCAAAUAGUCUUAGUCAUUUAUGUCGAUUCGAUUGUUAUAUAACAGAAUCUCCAAUCGAUUCUGCAACAAGUUUGACAACUAUUCAACAAGUUCAUCCAUGUUUCAGUCGUAUAACAUGUCCAAUACAAAAAUCAACCUUUCGAGUAUUUGACACACAAUAA